UUUGGAUCAGCUGAUAAACAAAAACAUAAGUGUGUAGAGCGGCGGAGAAUCCUCAGAAAGUUCCCUUUCUAUGAAAGAUGGACCAGUGGAUCAGGUUAAAUGCAAACACAGCUGGGAAGGACAAGAUAUUCAGAUUACUGCAGUACUUGAGUCGACUCGUCUGGCACAAUCUAGAAAGUAGGAAGAAUCUGCGUGAUGCUGUUGCUCGAUUGAAGAUCAUAGAGAAUGCUUUCUCAACCUUCAGGAAAUUAUUACGUCUGGGAAAAAGCAUAGAAGUCCUGUAUGGUGCUCUGCGUACACUGCAUCUCCCAGAUGUCGUUCUACGUGUUACACUAACGCUGUCUAGAAUCUACCAGUCCCUCUUCCUUCUGGUGGACCACAUUAUCUGGAUUGGCCGUGUGGGCUUGUUCGACAUCAACAAGGAGAAAUGGUCUAGUUAUUCAAACAGAUUCUGGUUAGGUGCAAUUAUUCUCAAUAUGAUUAGGGAUGUUUAUGAGAUCAUAACCAUCAUGAAGAAGCGGCUGAAGUGCCAGGACCUCCAGCCUUGCGUCUACAAGAACAUCCCUGUCAUCAAGACCUUUUAUGAUUGUGUCCCAGCUUCAAGACCUAUCGUGCAGUUUGCUGAGGAGCACCGUGAUGUGUUCUGGGACAGCAUCAAGAACAUAUGUGACAUCUGGAUUCCACUGACCAGCCUAGGUCACACCAAGUUCUCACCAGGUGUUGUGGGGCUCCUUGGAAGCAUCUCAUCAUUUGCUGGACUCAUUGCUGUCUUAGACCCCCUGGCUAAGCUCAGCCCUACCUAAUUUGUAGUGCAGCAGUGUAGAGCAGUUACAGGUGAGGUGUUUAGUGCACACAACUUUUAUUCAUGUUUCAUGAGAUUCUUUGUAACUGCUGGAAUGAAUUUGGUUAGUGAGAGAUAAUUUAUAUUACUGUACAUUGAUAUGGUAGAUAGAUUUUAUAUUAAUUUUAUAUGUAUAUUUUGUAUGUUCAAAUUUUAUUUCAGGAUUCUCAGGUAAUCUUUAUCUGUUGACUUUUCUUUUUUGAGAAUGAGGUUUUGGCAUUAUUUUCUUAUACAGGAAUAUGGUCAAAUGAAUAUUAUAUAUUGUAUUUGAAAUUAAUUUAUCAAAUUUACAUUAUACUUUAAGACAUUGGUGACACUCAAAUUUGACUGUGAGAUUAGUAUAUUCAAGUAAAAUUUUAAGAUGAAACUCAAGAAUACAGUCUGCAAUUAUAGUUAGGACAAUGAUCAAUAUGUAUUCCUUUUAUAUGUACCAUGCUCAUUUUGAACCAUCACUAUGAGGGGAGAAGAUGUUCUAGUUUAAGGCAUUAGCAUUAUUACUCUUCUUGAUAGCCUGGAUAACCUUUGAUAUAUAGAAUAGUAAGUUAUGUACAGGGAGACUGUACUACUUUAGGGAUAUUACGAAUGGAAACAGUGGCUUAAAUACAAUAAAAUCCAUAUUACUCAUCUGUGAAUAGACCAACUGCAUCAUUUAAUGAAGCAGAUAGAUUAAGUCUAUAGUAAUGUGUAUUCCUUUGAUAUGUAGCAGUGGAUGAAAAACCUCCUAUGUUUUGAUAUUUUUUUUUCAUUAUUCAGAGUUCUGAUGUUUAUUUAACCCUAUCAUUUUAGAUAUGGUUUUCAGUUAGUAGCUCAUGAUGAAAGCUUAUUGUAGGAAGGGAAAGGUCUAUGGAAAGGGCCCUGUGUAUGUGAUCAUGGGAAUUUUCUUUGAAGCUACUGCUUAAGCGUUGCCAAGAAUAUUAUGUUUGAGUGCAAAUCGAAAAACAUUUAGAGUUAUAGUCUAUGGAAGGAAUUUUGUGCCAAGCCAAGAAUUUGUUCAACUAAUGCAAUAGAACAAAAGAUCAGCUGAAGACAUUCAGUCUUUUUUUUAUGUGGAAAACUAUAUUAUAGUAUUUGAUAUAAUAGGAGGUGCAUGUAUUAUAUUCUUAAUUGAAAAGUAUUAUGCUUUGGUCAGUUUGUUUUGUUUUGUAGUUUAUUUGUUAUUUUUCUGUAGAUUUUAUCAUGACCUUAACUUACAGGAUGACGUAUUACUAGGCCUUGGUAUAGGUGUCUUGUUAAUAUUGAAAAUAUAACACAGAACAAGGAAAAUAGCAAAGAUAAAAUCUUUGAAUAACUGAAAGUGAAGAAAUAAAAGUAUAGUUACAUUGCAGAGACAAGUGUUAUGGCUGUAACAAGGUGCUAAAUUAU